GGGUGCUCACACUAGGAACUGGGUUACACUGUGCUGACUCCUGAAAUGGACAGACCUGCCGGGUGCUUUCUGCACUGUUCUUCAGUCCAGGCAAUUCUAGAGCCUAAGGAAUCAGGGUUAAAGGCUUGAAGGGGUUUCCCCUGGAGACAGGAUGCCUGGCGCCUUCAGCAAGAACGGAAACUGAGAAGUUAUCCGAGGCUAAGACAGGGUGGCCAGAGGCAGCCGGGAUGACACUUCUCCCCAGGAACCCUGCUAUCUGCUGAGAAACAUGACCAGCAAAUCACACUGGAAGCUCCUGGCCCUGGCUCUGGUCCUCGUUGUUGUCAUGGUGUGGUAUUCCAUCUCCCGAGAAGAUAGGUACAUUGAAUUCUUUUAUUUUCCGGUCUCAGAGAAGAAAGAGCCGUGCUUCCAGGGUGAGGCAGAGAGGCAGGCCUCUAAGAUUUUUGGCAACCAUUCUAGGGAGCAGCCCAUCUUUCUGCAGCUUAAGGAUUACUUCUGGGUAAAGAGACCGUCCGCCUAUGAACUGCCCUUUGGGACUAAAGGAAGUGAAGACCUUCUUCUCCGGGUGCUAGCUAUCACUAGCUAUUCUAUCCCUGAGAGCAUACAGAGGCUCGAGUGUCGUCGCUGUGUUGUGGUGGGGAAUGGCCACCGGUUGCGGAACAGCUCGCUGGGAGGUGUUAUCAACAAGUACGACGUGGUCAUCAGGUUGAACAAUGCUCCUGUGGCUGGUUAUGAGGGAGAUGUGGGUUCCAAGACCACCAUACGUCUCUUCUAUCCUGAGUCGGCCCACUUCGACCCUAAAAUAGAAAACAACCCAGACACGCUCUUGGUCCUGGUAGCUUUCAAGGCGAUGGACUUCCACUGGAUUGAGACCAUCUUGAGUGAUAAGAAGCGGGUUCGAAAAGGUUUCUGGAAGCAGCCUCCCCUCAUCUGGGAUGUCAACCCCAAACAGAUCCGGAUUCUAAACCCCUUCUUUAUGGAGAUUGCAGCAGACAAACUCCUGAGCCUGCCCAUACAACAGCCACGGAAGAUCAAGCAGAAGCCAACCACGGGUCUGCUAGCUAUCACCUUGGCCCUCCACCUCUGCGACUUAGUGCAUAUCGCUGGCUUCGGCUAUCCAGAUGCCUAUAACAAGAAGCAGACCAUCCACUACUAUGAACAGAUUACGCUUAAGUCUAUGGCGGGAUCAGGCCACAAUGUCUCCCAAGAGGCCAUAGCCAUCAAGCGGAUGCUAGAGAUGGGAGCUGUCAAGAACCUCACGUACUUCUGACUUGGAUGAGAGCUGUAACACCUUGCUUCCCUACUUUGCCAACUGAGUAGGCCCUGUCUACAGCUUAGGGGUGCCUGGUGCCAGUACAACCCAACUGAACUCACCCUCAACGGAGAGGGUGUUCUGGGACUGGCCAGGUCUCAGGAGAGGCUAUGUCCCUAGCUACUUUGGUGGAUUUCAAAUCCAGACAGGGUGGACACACUGAGGCUACAGGAGCCUGGCUGAGGUGGGGAAGGGGAGCUGUUAACCAUGGCAUCCCCUCUCUGCCAGCACAAAGAGCUUUCUGUUUUGUUUUGGAUUGGUAGUGGUGGUUGGCUAGUCCUUUUGUUUGUUUGUUUGUUUGUUUGUUUUUGUUUGUUUUGUUUUGUUCUUGAGACAGGGUCUGACUGUGAAGCCCUGGCUAAUCUGGAACUCACUAUGUAUGCAGACCAGGCUGGUCUUGAACUCACAGAGAUCCAACUGCCUCUGCCUCCCAAGUGUUGGGAUUAAAGGCAUGUACUACGCCUGGCCCCAGCACCAAGAGAUUAUUUAACAUACUAUUUAAUUAAGGGGUAGGAAAAUGAAUGGGCUGGUCCCAGGACAUUCACUGAAAGGGACGCGAUACAGUGUUCUGCCCACUUUUUAAUAAAAUUUACAUAUGAUUGGCCUGUUAAGGCCCAAUUCUAGAGCUGGCCUCCCAGAAAGAUGGAGGCAUCAAGAGUGGGAGGGGUGUCCUCCAGAGAGUGGGUGCUACCUCCCAGCAGGCAUGGGAGGAGCAUUGACAAGGGGGUUCUACCUAGAAGGGGCCUCACCUUGAAAAGAGGUUACAAAAGAUCAUUAAAAUAUUUUUUUUUUCCUAAAAUGGA